UCUUACUGUGUCUAACGUAUGUCAUUGUCACUUGUCAUUGUCAUUUACACGUUUUGAUUUGUUUUAUAAUUGCUUGGUUAUAAUUAGUUAAUGCCGAUAAAAUGAAGUUAAAGCAAAAGAAAACGACAAAAACUACGUUAUCAGAGAAAAUCGCAGAUGCACUUACUGUAAAACCACGUGCUGAUAUUGAAGACGAUCAUGUUUUCGGCACAAAACCGAAGACACUUUCACGUGCCGAGCUCAGCUCUUCGGAUAGCGAAGAUGAUGCGUUAAUCAGUGAUUUUAGAAAGAGGAACGUUAAUUUGUUAAGUGAAAUCAGUAAGAAAUACGAAGGUAAAGUCGUUUCACGGAAGGAUCUGGAAGAAGAUAGUGAAAUUGAAGGUUCUGAUGAUGUGGGAGAUUCCGCGGAGUCUGACAACAAUGGUGAGAAGCAGGAACCUACCGAUGACAGUGAAUUGGGUGAUGAGAGUGAUGAUUAUAGCAUAACUAAGAUACAAAAGCAAAUAACUGGUACAGAUGAAUCUGAUGUUACUGAAGGUGGUGAUGAUGAAGAUGAUGAAGGUGAUCAUAGUGGUGAUGACGAAAAUGAAGGAUAUGAUAUUAGUGCUUUAGAGGAACCUGUUAAAGAAAAUUUUGAACAUAUGAAAAAAGAAAACAUCUCUGAAGAAGCCAAAAAGGGUGUUUGUGUUAGAAAUGAAUUAUUAAUAUGGGAAGGUCUUUUAGAAAUGAGAAUACACUUACAAAGGUGUAUGAAUAGUGCCAAUAAAAUGCCUUUUAAUGACACUUAUGUUGAAUUAAAAGAAAAUACAGAGUUUAUGGAGGAAAGUAAUAAGACAAUAAAUAAUGUAGCAUUGGUUUUAGACAAAUUAUUAACUAUUCAAAAUAUAUUAUUUAAAAAUUUUCCUGAAACUAAAUCACUUUCAAACAAGAAGACAGGGGUUGAAAUAAAGAAAAAAGAUGAAGAAAGUGAUGAAGAGAUACCAAGCGAUACAGAUAAUGAAGAAAUACCCUCUGAUACUGAUGAAGAACCAGAAAAAAUACCAGAAAAGGAACAAAAGGUAGAUAUAACCAAACCAUCAAAGAAACGGAAACUCGAAGACUAUGAAAAAGAACUUGAUCUCUCUCAUAAAGCUUUCAAAUCCUUCAGAGAUAAUACAAUACAGAAAUGGAACGAGAAAACUCGUAUUACAGCUAACAUAAAAAAUGCACCGACAAACACAAUAUUACAACAAAUAAAUUACAUAUUGUCCGAUAGAAACAAACUAAUUAGACGGACACAAUUAAAACGAUCCGAAUACGAUAUAAUUGGUUACAAACAGAAUGAGAAAAAUAAAGAAACAAACGAAAAUCAUGUUAUAGCAGAUAGAAAAGAAAAUGAUGAAUAUAUACCGGAAAUAUUUGACGACAGUGACUUCUAUCAUCAGUUAUUACGGGAAUUAAUUGAAUGUAAAUCAGCGGAUAUAUCAGAUCCUGUACAACUCAGUCGGCAGUGGAUAGCGUUGCAACAAAUGAGAAGUAAAAUGAAACGAAAAGUCGAUACCAAAGCAACUAAAGGUAGACGAAUCAAAUAUGUAGUACACAACCAGUUAGUUAACUAUAUGGCUCCGGAGAAAUCCGCUUCCUGGACAGAUGAGAGUAAAAAUGAAUUGUAUAGCUCUUUGUUUGGUAAAAUGUUUGAACACAACAAUAUAGGCUUGAAUGUUAACUUAGAAAAUGGUAAAAUAAAAGAGUGAUUUUGUCAAAU